AAAUGCAGCUGAGGGACGCCCCUAAUCUCUAUUUGGGCAAAAGCCCACCUGACGAUGACCUCUUUGUGCAAAGGAUCAGACAAGACAACAUGAAGGAGAUCAUUAGACAGCAGAUAUUGGAGAAUAAGCGUGCCAGAGAAGCCAUUCGAGCUAAACAAGAGAUCGAGAAUGAACAAAUAAAAUACAAAUAUAGCCUUAAAAAUAAAUUCCAAAAAAUGAGCGAGAGUUCAGAGAGAAAUCACUCAAGACAACUCCGAAGAGAUAUUGACAGCCAAAACUCUGUUGAAAAUCUGAAGAAAUACACUUCGAAAAGGAUGAAAUAAAUAUGCAGAUUUUGAUAUCGCUAAAAGCCGAUCAGAGAGCAGAAUAAGUAAUAGUUCGCAGAUUUAUUCCCAAAUUGAAAGGAAGGAUAAAAGGUUCCUCUUCUCCAAAAAAGAUGAGGUUACUGGGAAAGUGGGGGAUCUCAACCAUUCCUCACCAAGAGAGAAUAUUCAUGAUAAAGAGUUGUCUCCAUAUAAUGCUAAAGAGAGCCCAUCUAACUUGCCUCCUACACAACUAAGGUUUCUAAAAUAAAUCUAUGAAGAAAAAAUUGAUCAAAAAGAGCAGGAUCCAGGAAAUUAUCAGUGAGGAAAAUAGUAUCGCUGAAAAACUGAAGAAGAAGGCAUCCAAAAAUGCGAAUAUCAAUCGUACAAAUGGAAGUAUAAUUUUGAGGAAUUCAUCGUACAAAGAACUGAGCCCUCUAAACCCUGGAAAUCUCAAGCACAAAACACCAAAGAUCCCCAAAAAGAAGGAGGAAAGGUUCAGUAAUUUCCCUAAGGAGGGAAACUCUUUUGUUGUAAAUAACAGAGUCUACAAAAAAUUUAACAUUAUUGGCAAGGUGAGGAACGCUAGCCCAACUGUUGAGAAGGAUUACAAGUUUUAUAACAAAAGAGUACAUCACGACCGUAAAGCAUCCAAUUAUAAUUCAUAUGAAUCAUUACCGAAGCUACAAAAUGUAUCUAAGCAAGCUAACUUGCCUUCCAGCAAGUUUGGGUAUAAGAAAGCUAUAGUGAGGGAACCUGAAAUUGGUCACCUCAGUUCUGGAUCUCCUAAUGCUAGUUAUAAGAAACUACCUCCCCAAGGAUCUAGAAAUGGGCUGACUAGAGAGCCAAAAAUAGGUAUAAAGCAGUUCCCUCCUAGUUCCUACGAUGGCAAAGCGACUGUAAAUCAGCAGAAUAUUGUACUGAGCAAUGAUUAUGGCAGGGCAGGUAGAAAUAACAUGUUGAAUAAACUUGUCCAAGAAAAGCACAAGCAUCCAACAAUGAUAUACUAA